AAUUUAUACAAUUUCAAAUACUAAUAAUUCAGUUUUCUUUACGAACACCAUCGAAUAAGGUUAGCUGAAGCAAAAAAAAAACAUAUAAUGUAUUGGAACAACUUUGUUCUAAAUUUUAAAUUUUAAAAAAUUUCUUAAAAUAAUAGAAGAUAAUUUUCUUUCAAUAUUGAUGUGCAUUGAAUUUUUGUUUUAUUUUAAUUAUUUUUGAAACUUAAGUCGAAGAACAAUAGAACAAAAAAUUGAGCUUCUCCAGUAAAUGGUAGCGCAAAGAUAAUUUUUUUUUCUCUAUAAUAAAAGAAUUACCAAGUGAAUGAUAACAAAAAAAAAAUGUAUAAAUUUAAAACAAAAAAAAGGAUCAAUCUUUUUAUUUUUUAAAUAAUAAAAAUUGCUGAUAUUCUGACGAUAAUAAUUAUCCCAAUGAUAAUGAAUUGAAAAUUUAAUUAAAAAUGACAAAAGCUAAAAAAUCAUCGCAUAGCGGUAGCAACAGUAACAGUAAAAGUGUUGUCAGUAAUAAUAAUAAACGUUUAUCUAGUGGAGAAAAAAACACAAAAAAAGAUUCUUCGAAGAAUUUAAAGCAUGAAGCAAGUGGCGAUGAAAUGAAUUCUGGAUUCGGAGAUUAUAUUCGUUCAUCGCAAGGAGUUGGAAUGAUGAAACUUUUUGUGAUGGCCAAUUCACUUAUGUUGAUUGUUACAAUGGCUUGGCCAAAUAUGAAACAUGUAUACAACAUAAUUUAUGAAUACUUUUUUGAAGAAGAAUAAAAGAAUAAUAAAACCCUUUACCAAAUGAUUUUAACUUAAUAUUGAAAUUUUAAAUCUAUAUUUACCUGCAUUUAAUUAAAACAAUAAAAGAGAAGCCAACAGAAAAAUAAUUUAUUCUUGACACAAAAUUCUUAAAUUUUAA